GCUGAUCAAAUUUCAUAGGCUCCAUAGCAACGGGACAACAACAAGUGCAGCUCAUCGAUCAGGAUCAGCCAGUACAAUGUCUGUCCAGUUCUCUAAUAGCUAUGAAAAAAUGUCUGAAACCGAAGGAACAGUUCGAGAAGAAGCUACAGAUGCUGCUCCAACAAUAGUGAGCUUUCAGCCUACUGUACCAACAAGGCUUAGGCCAGAGAGACUAGUGAAAAGGUCUACUGCUCGCUCCAUCUUGCACCACAAGAAUAUCCCACCACUUAGCUGGUUAGCAUACGUUAGUGACGGCUUUACUACACUGAUAAAUGCAGAGUGGUACAUUAUAAUUGGGUUAUUCUCAGCUGUGUAUCUCUCAUCGUGGCUCCUGUUUACUUUCAUGUGGUGGUCGUUUGAUGCAGCCUAUGUAUCUGUUACCAACAAUUCUUGCAUUGAAAAUGUUGGAGGAUUCUCUUCAUCGUUUCUCUUCUCAUUAGAGACACAAGUAACCAUUGGCUAUGGGCACCGAUACAUACAGAGCACCUGUCACUUUGGCAUAUUUCUACUUGUGGUGCAAAGUCUUAUAGGACUCUUUAUCGAUUCGUUCCUACUGGGUCUGAUAUUUGCUAAAAUCUCCAGACCCAGAAACAGACGCAAGACGAUCCUCUUCAGUGACAUUGCUUGCAUUAAUGUUAAUGCUAAAGGGGAGAGGUGCCUUCAAUUCCGUGUAGCUGAUGUCAGAAAGAAUUCAUCCCUAGUAGAGGCACAUGUACGCGUACAACUGUACUGGCAUAAAAAAGAUGGUGCUACUGAUGAAUACAGGUUGGAACAAAAUGACUUGGAAGUUGGCUAUGAUAGCGGUACUGAUCGCAUUAUAUUAUUGACCCCAGUGGUAAUAACACACAUUAUAAAGGAGACAAGCCCUCUUUAUACAGUAACUAAUGAUAGCAUAUUAAAUGAAGACAUUGAGAUUGUCAUUAUACUGGAAGCCAUUGUGGAGAGUACUGGCCUAACUGCACAAGCUCUAUGGUCCUACACUGAGAGAGAAAUAUUAUUUGGGCGAAAGUUUAUACCGAUGACCAACAGGGAAAAAACAGCCAAAGGAACAUGGGAAGUGGAUUUCAAAAAGCUGAGCGAUGUUGUGACCAGUGAAGCAACAAACAUGUAACAGCUAUUAACGCUUUUUAGUAAUAAUUAUUAGUACAGACACUAUUUUCUAUUAUUUUGUACACUGACAUAGAGUUCUUGUUAAAAAAAUGUAUGCUGUGAAUCAAAAUAACUAGAGAGAAGGAUCAUGUUCCUUCAUGUAA